AUGGACUCACAAUCGCCAAAUCCACCUUACGCCGUUCCUCCUCCGUUCUCACCUCCGCUUUCCGCCCACCGUUCGUCUGCUGACUCUCAUAAACCCGCCUCUAUCGACAUCGACAUGAUGCGAUCUGACGACCGAUCCACGAGGGCAGGCAGUGUGCUCUCUGGCAUGUCCAUCGAGGACAUGGAGGCUGCCGAGACCCUGAAUAAUCUCUCUCAGAAAUACCACUCGCCGAGGCAAUCUCAGCCGCAACAACCUCCUACGCUUGUCCAGUCUCAAACCAGCUUCGACUCUGACCAACCGGAACCCCUCCUAAGACUGUUUACGAGCCAGUAUCCUUGGACCCGCCCUCUCAUCAACGGCUCCUUGUCCGCUUAUAAGACUACGCAAUCUUAUAUACCAGGCGCAGAGUGGACUGAGCGGAAUGUUGGCUUGCCUAUCGCAGGGACCGUCGCCAGAAUAUCGGGUGUGGAAGGUGGUUUGCGCUGGGCCUUGCAACCCAAGCGCGAUGGGAGAUCGCCAAAUAAACCCUCCGACAUUGAGAAGGGGUAUUCAGAUAUUUCCCCCGACGGGACCAACCGACCAACCUCCGAGACUGGUUACUCGGAUUCUCUACCAGCCUACAACGCUGGCGAUCGCUCACCACCCUAUGUUGAACAGCAAGUCCUUCUCAAAAGCCGUGACGAUCGCCAACCGCCACCAGGUUGGCGUCAACAACUAAUGGUCUCUACCAGCGGUCUAGGCAUUGCCAUGAGCGACGAAUCGAUUCGAAGUCUGCGGUACUGUCUCAGCUGGCUCCGUUGGGCUAACGGCCGGCUUGGAGAAGCCAUCCAGAAUCUCAAAAACCUGCUUGAGCGGUGGGAUGAAGGUGUCACUCCGGGUGAACAGCCCCCCACGAUGUCUGUCGCAAACAUGACUCAAACCCACGAAGAGAGAAGACAAGCUGCUCUGUCUGCCCGUAUCGCCGCGUUAAGAGCCGACGUCCUCCAAACCCUCAAGCAUGUCGUGGGGAUUGUCUCCAAUUACGCGGGUGGUGCCUUACCCCAGAAUGCCCGAGAUCUGGUGCAUAGACAUUUGGUCAGUCUACCCCAACGUUUCAAUCUAGCCAGCCGAGCAGACGGGGAGGAAGACUCAUCUAGUGAGACCGGGCCUGAGAGCUCUGAAGCGGUCAAGAGUGGAAGGAGAGUCAUGGUUCUGGCCCAAGAGGGAUUGGACAUGAUGACCCAGGUCAGUCGAGUGGUCAACGAUACUCUUGUCAGUGCAGAAGGUUGGUGUGAGAAGUUGGGAAAAAGAGUCGAUCGACAGCCCCAGCAACCUUCGCAACAGUCACUCGUGGACGAGAAGAUGGAGACAGACAACCGCGAGGGCAGCGCAAGGAGUGAAACGGUAAGAAGCGAAACGCUCGCACCGAGUGAUGGUGGGAGGGACGUCGAGGAUGUCAAGAUGACCAUGUAA